AUGAGCAUUGAAGGAAGUGGCAAGAACCAGCCGCAACAGCAGCAGCAACAGCAGCAGCAACAGCAGCAGCAACAGCAACAGCAACAGCCGUCACCAAUGCUGUCUCCCGCUACCCUCCAGAGAGACUUCCAUGACACCACGACGGAAGCAACCCAGAAGCUCAACGCAGCCGACACACGCCACAAUCACCAAAACAUCUCUUCCACUCUUCCGAGUCUCGCCACCCUCAAGCAAACCUCAACCUCAACCUCAACAACCAAACACCCGUUACCCAACAAGAACCCAUAUCUUGAACGACAGUCAGCAGAGAGACACGCCAGCCCCAAGGAACAAAUCAAAAACAAGCUAUAG